UCCGCGCGCGCCGCUAGGUGGCUGUUGAUCGAGAUUGUUGAUUUUUUUAGAAGAGAAGUCGUGCUUGUUUUGCCUUGAAACUCGUUGCGUCGUCGGCGAAUUUCUGCAAUUUCCGUGGUUUUCCGAGCUUGAGUUUGUCCAGAUUUCGCAGGGCACGAUGGGCAGCAUCGACAAAAAGUCGUCCCUGCUGCAGGAGAUUCUUCCCGUGGACUGGCACAAUGACGAAAGAAUGGGCUUCUUGAUGUCGGCUUUCAAGGAUCGCAGCGUCAACCCAAAAAGCUGGGACGCCAAGUUGAAGUUUUGGCGAGUCCUCAUUGAGGAAUACUGUGUGCAUUGCAAGCAGGUUACGUUCGACGAGGCUCAUCUCAAAAAGACGUUCGAGAGAGAUGGCUGUGUCCCCGCCUGCCUGACGCCUGUGAUCAUAUCGCUCAAAAAUGACGGAAAAGUGGUCCCCGUGGAAGAAAUUCAGAAACUGGGCUACCAUGGACAGUCUUGGUCUUCGUGGACCACAGAGAAAUUGCUGAAAACGCCUGCCAGCUUUGCAGUGAACAAAUUGUGGAGUGCUCUGGGCUAUGACUCAAGUGCGUCUCAGUCAACUACUGAAAAGCUAGUGUCCAUCCCAGCUUUACAGUCCUACGCUGAGGAAGUUUUAGCUCAGCACUGCCCAGAUCAUAGUGCUCACAAUGCCUCCUCGCAAGUCAUGAUCCUUGCAGAUGUGAUUCUAAAAGAGCCCAACAAGCAGUUUGCGGAACUUGCAAUCAUGUGGCUGUGCAGAAAUAACCAGGCGAUUGUUGAAGAUACCAUGAGCCCUGCACUGGUCAAAUUUGGGCCGAACGUCCAAAUUAGCAAUGUGGACAGACAAACAAUCUCUCUGCAGAGACAAGAGAUCGCUCUCACGCGCAAGCUGCAUGAGCUGGAGGAAGAAAAAGAGCGUUGCUUGGCUGAGAUCAAGGCUUAUCUCGCAAAGGGCAUGCGACCUGCGGCGAGGAACUCUCUGAAGAAGAAGCACGAGCUGGAGCGGCGCGCGACCAAGCUGUCCGACUCGUUGGCCAACCUCCACGUUAUGAUUUCGCAGCUGAAGGAUUCCGAGUCUCACGCGCAGGUAAUCGGCGCUUACAAGAACGCGUCUGCCGCACUGAAGGCUGUCUACAAAGACACAGGACUGAAUGAGGACAACGUUGCUAAUGCCAUGGACGACGUCGAGGAGGCAUUGGAGCUCCACGACGAAGUCAAAACUGUCAUUUCCAAGCCGGUUGGCCCGAUGUCGUCCACUCUGGAUGAUGAGGAGCUGGAAAAGGAACUGGCAGAAUUGCUGGAAGACCACGAAGAGGCUGGACCUCCAGGCGGAGGAACGUCCGAGUUUGACAUCAACAAACUACCGAGUGUGCCUUCGUCUCCAGUUGGUGCUAAGACUCUAAAUACUCAAGCUUCACAGCUGUAAUAAAAACUGUCCAAUUUUUAUUUGCAAAUGACUGAAAUAAGAAAAAAAUAACAUGAUAUAGGAUUGUAUAUAUUUUGUUGCAUUGGUGGAGAAUGCUGCUAUUCUUUUUUAUUUUCUAAGUUGAGCAUAUAUUUAAAUUUGGUCUUGAAGUGCUGUCGUAGCUUAAAAGUAACCCACUAUCAGAUGUCCAUUAAUAAAUGCAAAUUUCAAAAAUUCUUUUACAUUAAAGUCAUCAUUUUAUGUCACUAUUAUUGCUAGGCAAUUCAAUUUAGCUACCAGACUUCUUGUAGUUGGACCUAACACGCAAAAGUCCUGCAACUUCCAAGAAAAACUAGUUUUCCAUUAUAAUUUAUUCUCAAAAAUCUAUGUUAAAAAGCAUUGAAAAAUCGAUGGCAAAAGUGAUUUUAUUUAUAAUAAAAGAAGGCUGGAUUCUGAA